UUUGUGAGAAUCUUUAUUUACUUAUUAAUACACUAUAUUCCAGUGUCUCCAUCUUUGUUUUAUUUUACGUUUUCUCUUAUUUAUUUUUGUUUGUGCUUAUUGAAGAUUCAAAUUUAGAACAAAUCCUUUCUUGAAUAAUUGUAUUUGUUUUCGUAUAUGGGAUCCAAAACCAAUUUAUCAAACCUUCACUCUCAUUUCCGAUCGGCCAACUCAAUAGUCUUGUUCAUGUCCUCAGGUGCUGACUGGGGGGUUCUGCAAAGAGAACACUCUGACGCUCAAGUUAGAUAGGGAAUCGGUGAACAUAGUGAAUUUAGUUUAGAAAAAUUGUCUUUACCUGAUUAAUGAUCCCCCAUUUAUACUCCCUACAUCUGUAACUGACCAUUAAUUACCAUAAACCGUCGCAUCUUCCGUUACUUUCCCAUCAAAACCCAUCAAUGCUUCUUUGCCCCACCAUCACACCGAUCUCAAGUUCAUCCGACCGGUCCUCCCUGCAAAUGGGUUCUACUCCUCCCGUCCUGCCGGUCGUCCCAACCGAACCCUUACACUACACAAGCUCCCCAAGCCCCAAGCGACAUUGCCAACGAAGGGGUUAUUAGCCUUAGAGGAAACUCUGGCAACAAAAAAUCUCGUCACUUCAACCAUUUGAUUAAAUCUGGACGAAUGGUCGAGAUCUCCUUGCCCAUCAAUCAUACCUGUUCAUCGAAGAGUCACCAAUUUUCCGCUGUUGGAUCCAUCGCCCAUGGACGGCUACGAUGUUUUCCCCAAUCCAUUUUUCUCGGCUAUAAAAGGUGGAGGGCCCCUCUCCUAUUUUCCUCAUUCCUUCCUCCUUACCCAACUCCUCCCGCUCCAAAGCCUUAUUCCUUCCGCUCCAUCUUCUCCUUCUAUGCCUACCAACUCCUCAGGUAAUGUCUUCAUCUACAUGGUCCUCCGAUGAGUAUGGAGACGAGGGUCGGGGGUAUGCUGACGACGCGGUUGCUUCGACUUCCUCUCAUUCUUCCUCGUCCCUGUCCUCUGGCCAACCCGUUCAGGAAAAGGCUCCUAGCGACGAUGUUGAGUUUAACGUGGACAACUCACUCGAGUAUACCAGUAUCGCCCCUCCCCCAGCCAUCCCAGGCUAUGAUUGGGCUCCACACGAAGCCUGAGGUUACCCUUCCUACUUCAUUUCUACCUCCUCCAUCAUACGCCUGUUGGAAUUGGUAGACCUAAUGUCUGACAUACAACGAGAUUCCACUGACAUAUCUUUGGUGGUAUGUCGAUCCAAUGAACGAGUAUGUCAUGGCCGGGAAGGGUAUGCUUUGGACUUCUUUUAUGCCUACAUAACUCUCUUCCGAGAUCUAGGGGUAAGGCUCCCCUUCUCUGAGUUCCAAUGUGGCGUGCUUCGAGAAUUGAACAUCUGCCCCGCCCAACUGCACCCGAACGGCUGGGCAUUCAUGCAAGCCUUUACAGUCCUCUGCACCGGUCUACUUUUAACUCCUACUCCCGCCUCUUUCCUCCACUUCUUCCGUGCCCAACCUCAUCCAAACAAAUGUUGGAUUUCCUUAGUUCCAGUAAAAGAUAAACAACUUUUUACCUCAUUCAACUCUUCCUACAAAGACUUCAAAUCCAACUUUAUCAAAAUAGCCAUACGAGAACCCGGCCGAGCAAAAUUUUUCUCUGAAGAUAAAAUUUCCCUUCUACUGGACCGAAAAUCCCAACCAAGUUAUCUCCUGGGACAAAUCUGAAAUGACCGAUGAUGAACUAGAAGUAAUAUGCCAAAUUGAUCAGCUACCCCGCAAGACCUCCUUUCGCAAACUUAUAGAACUCAUUGGGUCUGACACUCUACGUGCUAGGGUGUUCGACUUCUUUGGCGGCAUGGAAAAACACCAGACCUUUGCCCGCACUUUAGCUCGCAAGAACAAGCGCAGUGGGCACGUUACACUCCCAUCCUCCGCCACUGUCGCUCCUUCCAGCUCUACUCCUCCUCCACCGGUGAACACUUUGAAAACCGACGAGUCUAAACCGAUCAUCAUCUCCAGUGCUGCGAAGACCAAAGGAAAAAAGUGCCAACCCCAAGAAAAGACCCCUUCUCCUCCCAAAAAGAAAAGGAAUCUUGGCCCUCUGCUUUCUGGCCCUCUAGACCCCAACAUCUAUGUAUCUGAUCGUCUCGAGUUCAACCUCUCACUAGAAGAAAGGGAGCCGUUUAAAAAAUUGACUCCCUCCGAGGCUUCCGACAUGCCAUACGAGUUACUCUCUCGAGCCAGCAUAUGCCUGAACUAUGCUGUCGGAACCAUCAAACCUCUUCUAGUAUCCGAGCUUGAGAUUACCAACAAAAAAACUGGAGAAAGAAAAAGAGGAAAUCACGUCCCUCACUGAAGGCCUCGAAAAAGCCAACAAACUAGCCGAGGACGAACGGAUCAAAGUCGUUGCCUCGCUCCUCGAGUCUCAAAAUGAAAUGAAACGUCUCCAACAAUCAAUCGACUCGCUGACUCUCAACCUUCAACAAUUCUCCAACCAAAUCAAAAAAUUGACUUCUGAGAAGGACACUGCCCUAGCCGACCGGGACAAGUCGUUGGCCGAUUAUGCAGCUCUAGAGGAUGAACUUUGCGAAGAACGUCAGCGCAGGUUCGAACAGGGGAUCGCCCAAUGUCAUUACUUCUUCAAAUCCCACCUAGAACACAAAGGUUUCGACAUCAUGAUGAUCUUGGUGGACGAGCAACUUGUUGACAUUUCCCCCCAGCUCUCUACCGAAGCAAACUCUGCUCCCGACCAAGUUGCUCGUGACGUCAUUCCCCCGGCUCCCAAAGCUCCCCCCACCCUUCCUCCAUCUGGCAACACCACUAGGGGCUAAUUACUUGUAUAUUUUCUUUUAUUGACUUUUAGGACUUGUAUUUGCACUCCCCUACUCCCGGCAUUCCCUCUUGUCUUUACUUGAACGCUGAACUUUACUAUGUAAUUUGCCCUUCUCUUAUGUUUGAUAACGUCGUUCUUCAUUUCUAUUUUUAUCAUACGCUUUAAUAUCUUUUCUAACGAUCGA